AAUUCGUUGGUCCUUUCGUCUGUCCCAGUUCUGUGCUGGGUCACCACAAGGUGGGAAUCUCUUCAUGAUUGUAUCAGGGUAGCGACAGUUGCUUAUCUAGGUGACUCGUAUAGUUCGUCUGUGGUGUAUUGUCAGAAUAGAGCCCCAGCUACAGAUCUGGAUAAGACGGAGAUUCGCCAAAAGAAGUGAGAGAUUGUCACAGUGAAGAGGAGGCCUGGAAGUGAGCGGUAGACACUGGAAGGAGGAAUUAGAGCAGGGCAGUUCCAACUGCUACUUUCUUCAGUAGUGUCGUCAGAUACUCAUAGACCUCUGUGGUGGAAUAAAGCCAGUUGCUGGUCUGGAAAGAGAAAGACUGGUAACUGAAGAAGAGGCCUGGAAGUGAGCGGUAGACACUGGAAGGAGGAAUUAGAGCAGGACAGUUCAAACUACUGCUACUUUCUUCAGUGGUGUCGUCAGAUGCUCAUAGAUCUUUGUGGUGGGAUACAGCCCAGUUGUUGAUCUGAAAAAAGUGACAGGUAGAGAACACUGGAAGGAGUAAUUAGAAUUUGUGAACAUUUUCUCUCUCUACAGACCAGACCAAGUAUCCUGUACUUGAGCAGCUAUCGACCAAUCUGGGAUAAUGUCAGUGUUGCUCUCAACAUCACAAGAAAUGAAAUAAUCAUUGAACGAUAAAGCAGCACUAUCAGAAAGUUGGUCUGUCGAUAUAUUCACCUAAUAAUCUUGAACACAGAAGGGGACAAGAAGUGAGAGACCUCAUGUAGCCCAAGAGAGGGAGACUGAUGACCUCAUACAGAAUUUUAUCCCAGCAAAAGGGGGAUUAAAAAGUUAUUGAAAUUUGCAACGGCAAAAGUGGAUCUGAAAACUGACAUACCGGUGUCAGUACAAAUGACUUAUAAUCUAAAUUGCAGUCAAUGGGAACUUUGAGAGAGAUUGUAUUCUGAUUUUAGUAUAUUAGAUUGAUUUUAAUAUAUUAAAUCGUCAAAAGUUUUUUUCUCAACAUGUAGUUCACAAACGUCUUCCAGAUUAUUUGUCCAGUUUUCACCAAAUUGUGCAAUAUUCCACAAAUUGUACAAUAUUCACCAAAUUGUGCACUUUUCACCAAAUUGUACAAUAUUUACCAAAUUGUGCAAUUUUCACCAAUUUGUGCAAUUCUGUUGUCAAAUUGUGCAUUUCUUUUACCAAAUUGUGCAAUCUUCACCAAAGUGUGCAGUUUUUUUUACCAAAUCGUGCAAUUUUUACCAAAUUGUGCAAUAUUCACCAAUUUGUGCAAUUAUUUUACGAAAUUGUGCAAUUUUCACUAAAUUGUGCAAUAUUCACCAAUUUGCGCAUAUCUUUACCUAAUUGUGCAAUUUUUCACCAAAUUGUGCAAUUUUCACCAAAUUGUACAAUUUUUUCACCAAAUUGUGCAAUUUUCACCAAAUUGUGCAUUUUUUUACCAAAUUGUCCAACAUUCACCAAAUUGUACAAUUUUCAUCCAAUUGUGCAUUUUUUUUACCAAACUGUGCAAUUUUUACCAAAUUGUCCAAUUUUUUACUAAAUUGUCCAAUAUUCACCAAAUUGCGCAUUUUUUUACCAACUUGUGCAACAAAAGCAAAAGUUUACCCUUUGAAGAAAAAAGUGCAGCCAGACAAUUCUUUGAAAGUCCUCAAAUUCUUUCUUAGGAAAACCUGUCAGUCCACCUCUUCCCACAUUUUCUCUACGAAAAGUAGCUCCCGAACUCCCUUCCAUCCUCAGUGUUCCUUGAUUCUUUUUGUAGCUCCCCACUGGUCUGGACAACCUUUUUACCCCUUAUCAGUUCCUUUAGUAGCUCCAUUCUGGUCUGGGCAACCUUUGUACCCCUUCUCGGUUCCAUUUCCUUCUUCCUCCGGGCCUGGGCUAGAUAAGUGCACCGGACUGCCCAUUCCACCGGCCUCCCUGCCUAAGAAAUAUACCAUUACCUCAAAAGCCCAAGGGCGCGACGCUCCUGCAGAAGAAGAGAUGGACGAAAUCGAGACUCUGCAGUCGAAGAGUUUAGGGGCCGUGGACUACGUCCUCUUCUCUCUGCUGCUGGUGGUGUCCCUGGGCAUAGGGAUCUACAGCGCCCUCAGGGGGCGAGGCAACAGCACGACCUUGGACUUCCUCCUCGGCGGGAGGCAGAUGUCGCCAAUACCUGUGGCUAUAUCGCUUUUGGGAGGACUCAUCUCGGCCAUAUCCAUUCUAGGCUUAGCAACGGAGAUGUAUUUUUACGGCACCCAGCUCUGCAUUAACCUCAUAGGUUGUUUUUUGGGUAUAUUCAUCGUACAAUUCAUCACACUGCCCGUCCUGUACCCGUUGAAGAUCAUUUCGUUAAAUGAGUACCUGAUUAUGAGAUACCAUUCUCCGGUCCUGCGUAAAUUGGCAGUUUCAGCCAAAAUCCUGGUCAGCUUCUUCUACAUGGGCAUGUGUCUCUAUGCCCCGUCUUUGACCCUAUCUACGGUCACCAGCCUGUCGACCUGGUCUUCCAUUGCUAUCAUGGGAUCCAUCUGUACUUUUUAUAUCACUAUCGGAGGAGUUAAAGCCGUUGUCUACACUGACGUCAUCCAGACCAUCCUGAUGUUCGCUGGAGUCCUUCUGGUGGUGAUCGUCUGCUGCCUCAACGUAGGAGGUCUUGGCACCGUCUUCGAACUGGCCAACGAAGGCGGAAGGAUCCAGUUCUUCAACAUGGACCCCAAUCCCCUCGUCAGACACACCUUCUGGUCCGUCCUGACCCAGGGGACCUAUUCCAUGAUUGGCUGGAUAGGUUUGAACCAGUCGACGUACCAAAGGUUCGCCUCCGUGUCCACUCUCGCCAUGUCUAGAAGGCUAUGCGUUUUCUUCAUGUUCGGCCUCUACGCCCUCUGGCUCACCUUCUACGUGUCAGGGAUCGUGGCCUACGCCACCUACAAGGACUGUGAUCCCCUGACAUCAGGCAGGAUCGAAAAACCAGAUCAGAUAAUCCCUUACCUGGUACUGGAUAAACUCUCUCACUUGACUGGCAUGGCUGGACUAUUUGUGGCUGCUGUGUACGGUGGUGUUUUAAGUUCCCUCUCCACGACUGGCAAUUCCUUAGCCUGCAUCAUCUGGGAAGAUCUCCUGAAGGACCUGCCGAUGCUGAAGGGCAUCAGUGACCAGAAGUCAACUCUCAUCAUCAAAGUUCUCUCUGCCGUGUCAGGCCUAAUAGGCAUUGGCAUAGGGAUGCUGGCUGGUCAGCUGGGAAAUCUGUUCCAUAUAUCCGUCAGUAUCUCCAACACCUUCACCGGACCUUACUGUGGCAUCUUCGUCUGCGGCAUCUGCGCCCCUUGGGUCAAUUACAAGGGUGCCUUCGCCGGCUUCAUAACGGGCGUGCUCUUCAACCUGUGGCUGGUCAUCGGGAAGUUCGUCGUGGGCGGGGGCUCACCCAAAAUGCUCCCCCUCUCCAUCGAGGGCUGUCCCGAGAACCUCCUUCCUAUCCUUGCUAAUUCCACCAUGAGUGCCUUCGCGAACUCUUCCUUACACGGUCAAGUUCCAGGGAUUUCCUUCAACGAAGUCACUGGCGACGACGCCUUCAGUUUCUUCAAUGACACCUUGGCAACCACAACACCUUCGCCCUUCUUGAGCGAAGAAGAAGAGGAGAUGGCAAAGACGAUCUACAGUCUUAGCUACUGCUACACUGGCGUCCUGGGUCUUCUGAUAACAGUGGUUGUCGGGACUGUCGUCUCCAUCGCGACAGACCCCAUCAAGCCCUACGAGAUCGAAGCCCGCCUGGUCAGUCCUUCCUUCCUGAAGCUGUACAAGUUCAUCUGGAGGAAGCUUAAGCCCCAUGAGGCGCACAAAGUGGCGACGGAGGAGAAGGAGUUGGAGGAAAUAUUCGACAAAAAGGAAGCUGUCCCCAUGAUCGCUGUCAAUGGGGAUGGCAAGGUUUCCGCGCCGCCACCACCAGAGUAGCUGAAGAAAGUCAGAAGGACUCUGAUUCGUUUUCGCCAAUUGUUUUGCGAUUUUCUACUCGUUUUCGCGUUAAUAAGCGUUCGGAAUUGUUGAAUAAACUAUUAACAUUUGUUUUAAU